GCGUUUUCUGACUGUUACGCAUGCGUGCUAAAUGACUAGGUGGUCACUGGGAAUCAGAAAGUGCGUUGGAUGACAGCACUGCACACUGGCUUUUAAGGAUUUUGUGGUUGUAUUAGUGCUUUAAUUUUCAGAAAUGGCCGGGAUUAAAGCUCUCAUCAGCCUGUCCUUUGGGGGAGCUGUUGGGCUUAUGUUCCUAAUGCUGGGAUGUGCCCUGCCUGUGUACAAUACGUACUGGCCCCUGUUUGUCCUGUUCUUCUACAUCCUGUCUCCUCUACCCUACUGUAUCUCGAGAAGGGUGGUGGAUGACACAGACUCUGCCAGCAAUGCCUGCAAAGAGCUGGCCAUCUUUCUCACCACUGGCAUUGUGGUCUCGGCUUUUGGGCUUCCGGUCAUUUUUGCAAGAGCCGGAGUGAUAGCUUGGGGAGCCUGUGCUCUGGUGCUAACGGGCAACGGCAUCAUCUUCGCCACCAUCCUGGGAUUCUUCCUGGUCUUCGGGUCGAACGACGACUUCAGUUGGCAACAGUGGUAAAGCUGCGUGGGACCUGCUUCCUAACUCUCAGACUAUUGUUACUACUGCUACUGUUUUUAUUUUUAUUAUUACUAUUAUUAUUGUAAAUGUUAUUAUUAUUUAAAAGACCGGCCAUCUGCAAACAAAGACACACACACACAAAAAAUCAGUGCAAUAAUCUUUAUUGUGUUACUAUUUUUCAGCAUGUUAGAAAGUGCUGGAAUCUGACUUACACUUGGAUAGGGACUGUCUUGUCAGAGUUAUUUGUUUUCCUUUUGCAAACAAACUUCCCUUGAAUGUAAAGAACAAUAAAAGGAGGCCGAGAUUGGGAGGGUGUUUCUGGAAGCAUGAUUAUAGAGUUAGCAGGGUAUCUGUGCUGAGUGAAACCCAGAACAGCUCUUUUUACUUAAGUCCAUGAACCCACGAUUUGGGUGGGUUCCGGGCUUUGCUCUGUGCAGUUGUCCAGCUGGCUCACUAAUCCUCCUUCAUGAAAUACCCCCUUGCUCUUGGUCCCUCUCGAGGCACAAAACGCAAGACCCACCAGGCCUUAGAGCAAGCAGCAGCUACAUUUCAGAGCUCCAUGUUAAUAUCCACAUACAUCAGUACAUCCGCUUUUAAUAGAGAGCUAACCAAAAUGUGUAACAGUCUUAAUGUGGUCAACCCUUCAGAUCCUGUGUCUGCAUUUGUAUGCUUCACUGAAGGAAGAGAAGAGUUUACCGUGUCAGAGGAGAAGAUGGGCAGAUAAAUGAGCAGUCACCUGAGGUUUGACACCUGUACUUCUCUAUGAGAACAUGCAUUGAGUGCGUACUUGGUUAAAUGAAGUUAAUAAAUGCAGGACUUUCUGAACUGUAGAGCCAGGUUUUUACUCCCUGCACAUAUACUAUCAAUGUUUUCAAAACACACAAUCUGUUGUCUUGGGGGCGAGGGGGGUGGGAACUGUCCUAGGAAUUGAUGUCAUUUUCAAGUGCACCUGUGGAGCAUUGAAAGGGAUGCACUCUGUGUCCACACCUCCAUGUGCCAUGCCACUGUUGACAAACUCAUUGCUAUUUAGGGACAGGUGCAAAUAAAGAUAGAUACAAUACUGAAGCUUUCCCUAAUGCAAUGUGUGUCCAUUUAUAGGCUUACCAAACUGAAGUUUCAGGUGCACCGUUUUGAACCGAGUGACUGCAACCUAAUGAAAGCAUGUCCUAACACAGUAAGAUGAUUUGGAAAGACUGUUACACAUUAUAAGUUAAGGCAGUCCAAAUAGAGGCAUUCUAUUUGCCCACAUGAACCGCACUUUAUACCUUGACAAAUGACACGAUGACAUACAGGAAGUUCUGGAAGCACUGACACAGCUGUGGUACCUCUUGCUAAGUAGUGUUUUUCCCUUUUCUGUUGAAUUGUAUGUGUUUAUUAUAAACGUGUCAGUUUCCUGAAGUUUAUUAUUUGUGUAACUACAAUUUAUGUGCUUGCAUCUCGUUACUGUUUUUUUGCUACUGUUGUCUUCGUAACAGUUGUUUUUCGCCUUUAUGAUUGUUGACCUGGCUGAUUCAAAACUUCUUAGGAGGAAGAAAUGUCAAUUACAAAACUAACCAUAGGGGUAUGGUUUUUUUUUUUUUUUUUUUUUUGAUUACUGGUUUUCUAGCACCACCCAGAUUUUUUUAAAUGUAUUUGUAACUAAAUAAAAGUUGAAUGCGCUAUUAAUGCACGUCAUCCUCAACAUACAGUUGGUGCACUGGGCAUCGGGACACGUAUUUAUUAUGUGUUAAUCUUUCCCAAUAACAAGCAUUCUUGCAGCCAGUAGUUUGUGACAGAAUAUUACCUGUAGGUUGAAAAUCACUAACAGAUUCCAACCCUCUUCCCCUCAAAAAUAAAUGUAAACACAGCUUAUGUCAAACACAGGAAUAACUGUUUUAUAUACAUGGGAAACAAAAGAUGAUCAAAAUGCUGGUUUGUAGUUGACCUCAAAAGUAUUUAUGCCUAAUGUAUUUUGCCUCAGUAUGAACCUACCAGACGGGGACAGUUUUGUUUCAAUGAAGACAAUUAAUUGAAAUUAAAUUAAUUUGUUUAAAGAUUCUUCUAAGAACACAGAAUUUUCCACUUUUUUGAAUUAAUUAGAAUGCCAUUGAUCCCAACCCUGGAACUCACACACCUGAGGCAUGGUGUUGUAGUGUGAUAAUGUUUGUAGGAACAUGGAAAUAUAACCUGUUUCUUUCUUUAUUUCACUUUUGGUGUCCAUCACUGUAUGUACACAGAAUAUGAUUAAGAGUUUUGUGAUUUGCUGAAAUAUUUUAUGGACGUAGCUAUUUAUACUUGUGGAUGUGUUACAGCAGUGGGAUCCACCGAUACAAAUUUAAGUAGCAUUUUGUUGAUUCAUGCAUUUAUUUUACUAAAAGCUUUGCUAUUGUUUGUAGUUUCUUUUUUUAUAUUGAUAAAUAUGUUUAUCAGGUGUGCCGAACCAUUUCAUAGUGUUGAACCUGGAAUCCUUUUUGGGGGGGGGGAAAUAAAGGAAUCGCAUUUUGUAA